UGACUAUACAUUAUGACACAUCGUGAUUUCCGAGUCAGUCAGUCACGCGAGAACCAUAUUUCGGAACCCGGUGGUACGCUUUAUUUAGUAUGGACUGAGAUCUAUUGGAAAGCGACAUGUUUUCAUCAACACGUAAUGCAGAUUAUUUCGCCAACGACACUGGAAAAGUAACGCACCCACAAAAAAUGUUGAAAUUAUGCUGAUGCCCGUCUUCAAAUAAGAGAAAAAUGAAGAAACUAGCUAUAAAAUUGCUAGCAGACUGGUGUGUUCUCCUAACCACCAUUCUCUGUAUCAAAAUACAAGAAUGUAAUGGAAGUUCACUUACCACUACCGAAGCCGCCGUAGAGACAACAAAAUCUAUAACAACUACUGUUGGCACAACGACAACUGAGGAUCCGGGGGACAGUCAAGCAAUGCUAGUUGGCUUACUAUCUGGCCUUGGUUUUUUUGCUGGAAUAGUGACAUGCUGCUGUAUAAUAUGGUGUAUAUGCUGCGGAUCUCUAUGCAAGGACACCAAGAGCAAUAAAGUGUCACCGGCCAAUUCGCCAACGGAGCUACUGGAUCGCAUUGAAAGAGGACGGUGAUGAACAUUUUACACGCUAAAAAUCAUGCACGAGAAAAUUCCAUAACCCGAAUAUGUGUGAGAAGAUUUUUAAAAAAGGUGGGAUAUAUCGAUUGUUCACUCUGAGGAGUUAACUUUGUGCUAGUCAUUUGAAACUAGCGGAUUUGACUUUUUGUAGGUUUUACAUGACAGAAUUGAAAGCGGUCGUGCAGUGAUAGUACGGUAUGCUAUAAUACAAGAGUAUCUGUGAUAGCCCUAUAUCAUGACUGUGGAGAGAGAGUCUUGUGACUUUUUCACGGCUUCCAAAGGACGGUUAUUGGUCAGAUAUAAGAAUUUUUCUUACGAGGGAGAAUGGUUUUUUGAAGAGGAAUAUCUAUAUAUAUAUUGUGUCAAGAACAAUUUGCAAAACUGUCU